AUGCGUGCUCUUACAAGAGAUUGCGUUGAACUUCUACUGGGGACGUCAAUUGUAAACGCUUUGGUCGUUUACAAAAUUGCUACAAAGAAAACUGUAAAUAUUAGACGAUUCAGGGAACUGAUUGCUGCAAAGUUACUAGGACUGUGUGAAGAUUUAACACUGCCUUCUGUUCGACGAAAUACGCAUUGCAUCGCCGCUCGUAGAAAUAAUUUGGGGAAAAGCCUUAGACGCGCAUGCAAGCGGUGUUACGCAAAUAAAAGAGAAGAAUUGGAACGAUCAAAGGCACGAGCAAAUCUCAGAAAACCCACUACUUUUUGUCCAAGCUGCCCUGGUCAACCGCAACUUUGCAGUGAAUGCUUCAAUAUUUUGCACUGUAAAUAA